UUUAUAAACAUAAAAUUUAAGAAGAUGUAAGAAUUGACUAGUAUCAGAUAAACCACUGAUGAUGAUAUUAAUACCACUAGCUAAUCUAUCUAAAUACCUGUGUUUAAGAGGCAUUUUGGGAACAGUCUUACAUUAUUAUACAUAAGGGGUGAGCCAUUAAUCACAGUUGGUCCCCAUUGUAAACAAUUUAUAAAUAAUUAGUUUAGGGCCUCUGACAUUAUGCAUGAUAGUUACUUUUGGUGCAGCCAGUUACUUUUUAAUUUUUCAGAUUGCAAUUAGCAAGGGUCUUUAUGUAUACUACUUCUCAAUUUUUGUUGCUGCAUUGCAAAUGUUUAGUUACUUGAUUACUGCCCUCAAAAAUCCUGGCAUUGUGACUAGUUCUAGAGAAUAUAAAGGCGUAUUGUAAUGUAUAGUAAGAAAAAGUGAUAAUUUUUAUUUUUAAGGUUUGUAACAACCCAAGAGACUUAGGUGUAUUGUAUCAUUGCGAAGAUUGUGAUGUGUGUAUCUAAGGAUUUGAUCAUCAUUGUCCUUGGACGGGUAAAUGUAUAGGUAGAGGAAAUAUUAAUGCCUUUUAUAUAUUCGUAACUAUGAUACCAAUAUAUAUUGUAUACUUCAUCAUAGUUUCCUUGUUAUGAUUAAUGAAAU